AUGGUUGCUCAUAGCCGUGGCCGAACACCCGGAUGUUCAGAAGAAGGUGCAUCAAGAACUAGACAACGUGUUGGGACCGUCACGUGGUCUGAGCGAUCGAAACUGCCUUACACCUAUGCUGUUAUAAUGGAAUCACUGAGAUGGAAGACAUUAGUGCCAGUUAACAAUCCACGAAUGGCAAGAGAAGACAUUCAAGUGCAAGGAUAUGACAUACCGAAGAACUCUUACAUCAUAGUUAAUAAUUGCGCCCUCCACAAUGAUCCAAAAUACUGGACAGAAGCAGACAAAUUCAUUCCCGAGCGUUUUCUGACUACUGAUGGAAAGCAAUUAAAUUAUAAACGUGAUAGUUACAACCCAUUCUCAUAUGUCUUCGAUGAAAUGAAAUGUGAUGAACGACAAGUAAAAUUUCCUCAUUUAGGUUGA